GCGUAGCUCCGCCCCGGCCGCACGGCAGAAACCCAGACCCACCAAGGACGCUUUUCUCACCCCACGGAGCCCGCGAAGCAGGAACCUCCACUCAUUGGAGACCAUGGAUAAAUAUGAUGUGAUUAAGGUCAUUGGGGAAGGUGCCUUUGGGAAAGCAUACUUGGCCAAAGGGAAAUCAGAUAGCAAGCACUGUGUUAUAAAAGAGAUCAACUUUGCAAAGAUGCCCAUCCAAGAAAAAGAAGCUUCAAAGAAAGAAGUCAUUCUUCUGGCAAAGAUGAAACACCCUAACAUUGUAACCUUCUUCAAUUCAUUUCAAGAGAACAACAGGCUGUUCAUUGUGAUGGAGUAUUGUGAUGGAGGGGAUCUCAUGAAAAGAAUCAAUAGACAACGGGGAGUGUUAUUUAGUGAAGAUCAGGUUCUGAGUUGGUUUGUGCAGAUUUCUCUAGGACUGAAACAUAUUCACGACAGGAAGAUCUUACACAGGGACAUAAAAACACAGAAUAUUUUUCUUAGCAAGAAUGGAAUGGUUGCAAAGCUUGGGGACUUUGGUAUAGCAAAAGUCCUGAACAAUUCCAUGGAACUUGCUCGAACUUGUGUUGGAACACCUUACUACCUGUCUCCAGAGAUCUGUCAGAAUAAGCCCUACAACAACAAAACGGAUAUUUGGUCUCUUGGCUGUGUCUUAUAUGAGCUCUGCACACUCAAGCAUCCUUUUGAGGGUAACAAUCUACACCAGCUGGUUCUGAAGAUUUGUCAAGCACAUUUUGUCCCAGUAUCUUCAAGGUUUUCCCAUGAUCUACAGUCUUUGAUAUCUCAGCUCUUUCAAGUAUCUCCCCGAGAUCGGCCAUCUAUUAACUCCAUUUUGAAAAGGCCCUUUUUAGAGAAUCUUAUUGCCAAGUACUUGACUCCUGAGGUCAUUCAGGAAGAAUUUCAUCACAACCUCGUACGUAGAGCAAGAUCAUCAGUUUCUCAACGUGCUGGGAAGGAGGCCCAAGAUUCUGAAAUACAGAAAGUGCGAUUCCAGGGGAAGUGCAUCCCAAGAUCAAGGAUAUCAGUGCCAAUUAAAAGGAAGGAUAUAGUGUAUAGAAAUGAAUGGAGACCACCAGUUGGAGCCCAGAAGCCAUCUAUAAAAAUGAUAGAAAGGCCCAAACCUGCUGCAGUGUGUGGCCAUUAUGAUUAUUACUAUGCUCAACUUGACAUGUUGAGGAAGAGAGCCCACGAACCAAGUUACCAUUGUUUCCCUCAAAAAGAUACUGGAAUUGAGGAGAAUUAUAGUCAGGAAGAAAGCCACAGCCCAUCACCAGGUCAAUGGCCUGCUGAAUACCUUCAGAGGAAAUUUGAAGCGCAACAAUAUAAGUUGAAAGUGGAAAAGCAAUUGGGUCUUCGUCCAUCUUCUGCUGAGCCAAAUCACAACAGGAGACAAGAACUAAGAAGUAACGGAGAAGAGCCUAGACUCCAGGAGCGGCUGUUCAAGAGAAACAAAAUGAAGGAACAGAAAUAUUGGAAGCAGUUAGAGGAAAUACGCCAACAGUACCACAAUGACAUGAAGGAAAUUAGAAAGAAGAUGGGGAGUGAACCGGAGGAGGACUUAAAAAUAAGUCAUAAAACCUAUCUGGUGAAGAAGAGGAACAUGUCCAUCCACCAAGAGGCACCUGAGGAAGAAGUACCUGUGCAGAAUUUUCAGGAUAUUGAAAGAGACUUGAAAGAAAUUAGACUUCAGAACAUAAAGGAAAGUAAAAUUCCAGAACAAAAAUAUAAAGCCAAGAGAGGGGUAAAGUUUGAAAUUAAUUUAGACGAAUGUAUUUCUGAUGAAAAUACCUUCAAAGAGGAAGAGGCCACGGAUAUACUAAAUGAAACUUUGACCUUUGAGGACGGCAUGAAGUUUAAAGAAAAUAAAUGUAUAAAGGAGUGUGAAGAUUAUACAGAUGAAGCAUUUGAAAAACUCUGUUGCUCAGAAGCAGGCUGCUACAGCAAAAUACUGUUAAUUGGGUGGCUUAUAAACAACAGAUAUUUGUUUCUCACACUUCUGGAGGCUGGAAAGUCCAAGAUCAUGGAGCUGGGAGAUUUGGUGUCUGAGUUGUUCAUCCAGGAUGCUGCUGCUGCUGUUGCAGAAAACAGAAGACAGUGGGAUGCGGGAGCUCCUCAGACUCUGUUGCAGAUGAUGGCAGAGGCCCACGUCACCUCCACCUGCUCCACGACACCUGAGGAUGGCCAAGUGAUGGUGAUCAAAAACGUUCCAGAAAAUAGGAAACGGUGGCAGCAUGAAGCUCCAGGAACUUUAAUGAGUGUUUUGGCAGCUGCACGUCUAACAAGUAGCUCAUUUUCUGCCAAAGAAGACUUUGCGGGAACAUUAAAACAAUGGCUUCCUAAAGAAGAUGAGGGGAAGGUGGCAAUGGCCUCUGACAUUGAGGUGGAUGAGGAACCAAUAGAAGCAAGAUCCGAUGAUGAUGAUACAAAUUUUGAAGAAUCUGAAGAUGAGUUAAGAAACGAAGUAGUGGAAUCCCUGGAAAAACUCACUACUUCCAGAGAGGAGGACAAAAGACAAGAAGCUUCCGGUUCCUCUAAGGACAUUGAAGUUAGAAUAAGAGUUAGGAGAAUUUCUGCAGAUAAAACGCAGAAAUAUACAGAAUUAAAUGAAGGUUUGGAGAACAUUUCUACUCCAUCUAAUGACAAAACUUUUAUUGUUGAUGAAGACCAAGGAACAUCAACAAAGGGUCAAAAUAUACAAGUGUAACUAUUGUACUUUUUAAAUAAGCAAUGUUAGUGUCUAUUAACUAUAGUAUCUGUUUGGGUAUAAGUCGUAAAUAUUCACGUAUUGAUAAGGCUUUUCUAGUAAUCACAAGGACUUACUAAUUUUACUCUCUAAAUUUAGAUAACAGAACUAACUUGAGUGUAGAAAUUAAUAUUUUUACUUGAACAUUUCCAUUAAGAAAUCUUUCAGGUAACUAAUGUAUGUGGUAGGCGGAGCAAAGUGGUUUCCCCUCAAAUGUGAACGAACAUAUGUUACAUGGCAAAGGGGAAUUAAAGUUGCAGCUGGUAUUAAGGUUGCUAAGCAGUUGACCUUCAAGUAGGGAAGUUAUCCUCCAUUUUCCAGGUGGACCCAAUGGAAUCACAAGUCUUUAAAAGUGGAAGAGGGAGGCAGAAGAAUCAGAGAAAUGACAGUGCGAGAAGGAGCUGGCCUGAUGCUUCUGGCUUUGCCGAUGGAGGGAAGGGCCAAAAGCCAGAGAAUGCAGGUAACCUCUAGGAGCUGGCAAGGGGACGUAUUUCCCCCCGUGAGCCCUGCUGACACUUUGGUGUAGCGUAGUGAAAUCUACUUUAGACUUCUGACCUACAGAACUCUUAAGACAAUAAAUUUGUGUUGUUUUAACUUAGUUUGUGGUAAUUUGUUAAAAUGGUCAUAGAAAACUAAUACAAAUUCAUUCAUUUAAAAUAAUGAAUCUGCCAUUUUAUAAAACCAUGAUUUUGAAAUUUCUUAAGUUACACUGAAACGUUUUGAAGCUGAUGUUGACCUGGGAGUAAGGCAAUUGAAUGGGUAACAAGGCGUCAUUAAUUAUAUGCCAAAUAAUCAUUUUAUUAUGUUUUAUUAUUUUCUGAUAGUUUCAAACGUAUAGGUUACAAACUCUUAUGAUGGUCCUUUUAUAUAGAGUGCUUAGCACAGUGCCAGAAAUGUUUCUUGAAUGAAUAAAUGAUAAUACAAUUUCCUCAUUAAGACUGUAAGCUCUUUGAGUCGGGAAAGCCUAGGCUUUUUGUGUAUUGAUUAUAACAAUCCCAGUGUUGAACAUGUGCCUGGAUCUUAAUAGAUAUUGUUGAUUUAUCUGCUGCUAUGAAGGACAAGGUUGUUUGUUCUAUGUCUUAGUGGUAGAAUUCUGACUGAAAUAUUUGCUCUAUAAUAAAAAUAAAAAUAAAAUUGCACAUCGAUACAGUGCUGAACCAAGAAAACCUAUUCUUCUUGGGCAUGAGCGGCAAGGCUUUGUUUUGCCUUAACAUUUUUUUUCUUUUAAAAAAAUGUCUUGGCAUGUGAAGGCUGAAAUAUUGGUAGUAGAUAAUAAUUCAGAAUUGGGAGACCAAAUAAGGGGUAUAAAGGCACCAUACUGUGAAAAGUACGCAAGAUAACGAAAAUCACUUCUUUAGAUCAUAUUUAGAUACAAAUAAUGAUUUUGUAUCUUAAAACAUAAAUCACAUUUAGAUACAGGUAGAUUACUAUACAAAAAACAUACACAACUGGAAUAAGAAUGUGAAUUGUACUACUGCUAUGGACACUCAAAAGCAACAUAGUAUAGAAAUUAAUAAUCACUCAGCAUUUGUCCAGAUUGUUGCUAACAUAUUUUGACACUUUUCAUGGUAUCAGUCAUUCAGAAAAAAAAAAAACAUGUAUUAUAAUACAUUAGGAACAGUAAAAAUAAAUACAUAUACAAAUUAUACUUUCCAAUGAUACGUUUGUGAUAAAUGAAAAUUAUUUUGAAGAAACAGCUUAAAUGUUUUAUGGACUUUCAGAAUCCUUUCUUACUAUUUCCUCUACUUCUGCUACAUUUCAAUUUCUUUAUCUUUGGUCCCAUGAUUUUCUUUAGGUAGAAGGGUAGGCUAAGUGUACAAUGAAUGGUGUGAAUCCUACCUCAAAGACUAGCUGUAAGAUAAGAAAAAGCACUGGGCUGGAAUCAGAACACCAAGGUUAUAAUCCAGAUUUUGCCAUUCAACAGCUUGUGCUACUCAAGGGGUCUAAGUUCUUUAAAUUGUGCUUGUCUGUAAAGUUGAAAGUAAAACCUGGGUGGUAGAAUUUGUAGCAUUCCUUCCAUGUCCAGUUUCCACCAGUCUUUUCUAAGUUGAAUGAUCUCUGACACAAAGCUGUGUGUGUGUGUCAGAAUGUCCUGGGACUGUGUUUUGCUGCAUUUUGAUCUGAUGAGAGUAGACAGCCUGCAGACACAUGAACAAUGUAACUGGGAGUAGAUAAGGAAGCUGGCUGGACCGAUGAAUUGGACGAGGGGAGAUUGGAAAGGAAAAACAUACUCUGUAACAUGCCCCCAACACAAAGAUGUAUCAGACUGGGAAGGUCAACUCACUGAACUAGAAGGAACUGACUACCUAUGCUGACAAUGCCAGGAGUUGUAGGCCUCCGUUGCCAUAUGUGCAUAUGCAUAAAUUCACUUUUCCAUGCUAAUUACUCAGGAUCAAAGUCCUGUUCGAUUAUACUAGUUCCUCGCUACUGGCUUAGUAACCAAGAGUCUACAUAGGGUUGUAGUGCACUGAUAAAGACAGGAUUACAGAAGACGUUUACAUACACGGUUACCUUCAACUAAAGAAACUUUUCUAAUUUUCAAAGUACUUUCACAUACUUUCCACUUUAGUGUCAGAACUCCAGAAGGCAGUGGAGGACAGGCAUUACUAUGUCCAGAUUAUAGAUGAAGAAUCUGAGACUCAGAACGAUUAAGGAAAAGGCUUUAGUAUUAAAAGGUCAGACGCUUGUAAAUGAUGAAGCCGAGGUCAGGCCUAGGUCUUCUAACUGCUAGUCCAGUGCUCUCUUCUGCCACCCUGUCGCCUUACGGUGCGUGAUGCUCACGGAGAGCGAGCGCAUGGAUCUGUGUACCCUCAUCACUAUCGGCGAAACCACGGCUGUUCUUCCUCCGCCCUCCUGAAUGACUGAAGCUGACUUCCAGCCUCUGAGAUGCGGAAUGUGAAGGGGUAAUGAGAGCCCUGUCCACUUGUCCUGACAGCCCUAAACAAAAACCGUGUUCACAAGUACCUGGCUGUGGAGAAGAUUACCGGGAGUACCUUGGCCGCUACGUGCCCACGCGCGCACACAGAGCAAACACCGUCAGUUCGUCUUGACAACAUGCUUUUAGAAUCUGAUUAAGUCUGCUUCAAGUUUCUUUUUUCUUUUAAGAAAAUCAUUAUAUUCAAAAAGGUCAUCUACAAUAUCAUUUAAAAUUUAAAUGUACCAGAAUUUUUCAGUGUUCCAAAACUGUCAAAACAAUUCUAAAGUACCGAUCAAUUAUGUCACCCAUUUUUCUUUCAACAUUUACUUUUUUUCUAAAAAGUAAUUCUCUUUCCUGGUUACUAAAGUGAUUUGACAAAUAGGAUUUGAAAAUUAGGAAUAUACCAAAAUUAAGAUUGUUCAUUUUUUUCUUUCAGAUCUAUAUUUUUCAGAAUUUGAGACCAAACACUAAAAUUUUUACAUUUAAACUAUGUAAGUUUAUCUUUUCCAUUUAGGUAAUUUUGCCUUUUUUCACUGAAAUAAAUACCUUGCUUAC